AUGUCAUCACAGAAAGACUUCAACCAAUCCACCACACCCGGCACUUCUUCGACACAGGUAUACCUGGAUCAGAAACAACUCUCACACACAAUGAAGACCUCCGCCAUCAUCGUCACCGCUGCAGUCGGCCCAGUCGGCAUCAUGUGCAUCGCCAGCGGCUUUCUGGAGUCCUGCUCGCAGAUCGGCUUCACCAACCUCGAGGGCGACCCCGGCCGCUCUAUCAUGCUCCAGGCCUACUGCAAGGUUCAAGGCGGCAACGAUCACUGGACCCAGCUGGACCUCAACACCUGCUUCGGCUGA